AUGACAACAGUAGAAGCCAAGGCAGAAGAGGAGGAGAAAAAAGAGCCAGAUUCAGAGCCAGCAUCUGCUCCGGCUCCAGAGACAGAAACAGAGACUGAGCCGGCACCAGCACAGCCAUCCAACCCAUCAAGCGGGUCAGGCUCCCCAGAACAAGAAGGAUUCUUCAAUCUGCUGAGCCAUGUACAGGGAGGACGCAUAGAUGAGCAACGUUGCAACAUUCAGAUUGUGCACAGCAAGAGUGGCUCAGACACUGAGAAGAAAGGCAGCCCCAGCCCACCACCAGAAAUGGACAACUUCAUGGAAAUGCUGGCGAACACACAGAGCCGGCGGAUGGAUGAUCAACGCGUCAGCUUCAACUACCUCCCAGGCUUCCAGAACGCUGACCGUAAUGCCAGUAACAAGCCGGCCACUGGGGCCACCAAGGAGAGCAAAGAUGAAGGUGCUGCUUCUGAUAUCCCAUUCGUCCCCAUCGCACCCACAGAUGACUAUUUCUCAUUCAUCAACCGCAUCCAUGGCAAGCAGCUAGAAGCUGUAACAGGCAAAAUAAAAGGCCCAACCCCCAAACCUUUCAAGGCCCAGGACCCUAGUACCUCCUCCUAA